GCAGAGCAGCUUUGCACCACUUUUGCAACAACACCGUUACUUCCUAGAAAAAAAAAAAAAAAAAGGGAGCUUCACUUGAGUUCGGCAAGGAGAGGGAGGAAGGGGAAAGUCUCCAUUAGAACAUGAAAACCCAAAAAGGACCUUGGAGUGGCAGUGCACGAGGCAACUGAUGCUUGUUGAGUGGGGACCAUGAUUCGCACUGAUGAGCAAACAAGUUUGAAUCAAGAUGAUGACAGCCGCCAGCAGUCCUGUCAGCAGCCCCUUCUCGUCCCACUCGUCACCCACCUGCCUCCCAGCAUGUCACCUUAAAAAAGGCGACGCCACCCGCACCCGACUGCACUUGCGCUCGGCCCCGGGCGCCUGGCUGAUGGUGGGCGUGGUGGUGGUGCUGACGGGGAUGAGCGUGGCCGCGGCGGGUUACGCGUCCGCGGCGCCGAGGCCCACGGGCGGCCGCGGGUCCGGCCACGUGGACAGGAUGAAACUGGCCGGGCCCGUGGUCAUGGGUGUCGGCCUGUUCAUCUUCAUCUGCGCCGCCACCCUGCUCUACGAGAACCGGGAUCGGGAGGGCCACAGGUUGGAGACGUGCGAAGACCUGGAGGACUUGAACGGGGACCUCGGCUGGGAGGACCCGCAAGAGCAGGCCAGCUUCAGUAGUCAGGAACAGUGGGAGAUCAGAGGCGGGGAGCAGGGGUGCGUUACGCCUCCUCUCUCCAACCAGGACUGGACCCUCUACCCCCCUUCUCUUUCCGUGGCUUGCCAAAACCUUGAGGACCGAUCACCGCUGCGUCAUCUGGAUCACGCAGAGGACGGCGGGGCCGAGAGGGAGGGGAGGUCAACACUUCUGGCUCGAGUUCUGCACCACCAGGAGCCAAGUCCUCACUCGUCCUCCCCCGGCCCAUCCUUUCCUCACUCCUCCGCCUUCCCGGACGACUCCAGCGAGAUUAACUUUCAGACACGGAUCGGCCCUGCACUCCCUGAGCCCUGAACAUUUUCACGGGGUCAGAGGAAUUGGGCACACCGAACACUAUCCUCCACGGACAUGUUUGUCUGCUGGAAAGUCAGUCAGAUCCUACGUGGAACUUACCGAGUCGGAUCACGGAGCGUUCAUGUCCAAAGUAAACAAAAAAACAUGUCUGACAACCUCUAAGCGCGUCGUCUAAUAUAAAAAUGUAUAUUCCACUUAGUGGAUAUGCCAACAAGACACCUUAUCAUUUUGCCAUCCUUGUUCAGUUAUUUUUCCAUUCAAGCAGUGAGCCUUGACCGACUGUUUCACACCACUUUGUGAUAAAUACAGUAUAUAUCAUAUUAGAAUUUACCUUUUACAUUCAUGAUGGGCGAUGCCAUUUUUGUGUGACAACAGAUUUGUACUUCUCGGGGAAGUUGGGGUACUCGGUUUGGGGUAGACAUCGACUUCCACUGGACUGACUUCCAGAAAUUUCAAGGCCUUUUUCCCAGUCCUGGUCAGAGAUUUUAGACUUCCCAGUUUUCUGGAACGGAGCCCUCAUAAAUUCCAGAAUCAGAGCCGUAACAGAAGACCUGCCAUUUAUCCGCUUUGGAAUUUGACAAAGAACCCACUUGACAGCGGGAUAUUGCUGUAACUGUCUGGGCUUUCACACAGCAAUACAGAAUCCCGCAGAUACGGGGAUUCUGUAUAUGCGGGAUAUUGAUCAGUGCCAGUGCCUUAGAAAAUGCGUUGAACUUUCAACGCACCAAGGUGCAGAAGAGAGAGAUGUGGGUGUCAGGUGUUUGCUGGCAUUGCGCUGUCCUGCCUCUUCAUCCCCUUCAUUGUGUAUCAGUGUUGUUUAUGCAGAAAGAGGCAUAAAAAUGGUAGCUUUUUUUCAGGCAUUCUUUUUAGUUUAAGUGGCAACUGUUACGGUUCCGAAAUUACUUCCAAAGGCGGAAAACUGCGGGUUCAGUUCACCACCCCCAUUCAAUUGAACUGUCAUUUAUACAGAACAGCAAUGGAAAAUGGCGCUUUUUACAAGCAGUGUAAAACAAACUCAAGACUCGCUAUUGGCGAAAGGCUGUUUUUGCCUCACCCACCCAAGCUUUGCUGCUGUUUUGUAUUUUUUGACUGAGCCCCA